CGUGUUUUCGUAACGGGCAGAAGCAGAAUCGAUUCAAGCGCUCCAAGCGGGCAGAAACAGUAACAUUCAAAGAACUAGUUCUUUUUUCCAAAUUUUAAAUCGUGCUAGAAACAGCUGAUAUUACAAUUUGUUUUUUCAAACAUCAAUGAAUAAAGUUUUUAUACUAUAUUACUUUUUGCUAUUGUUGCUGCCACCUAUUUUUUCUUUUGCUUAAACAUUUUGUUCAAACUUAUUCAACCGAACGAAAAAUAUAAGGCUAUGCUAAAAUGUGCGACUAUAACUUUAAAACUAUUGCCGCAUUAGAAAAUCAGUAUGAAGAAGAGUUAAUUUUAAUUACUUUACUUGAAAGUAGUGAUGAUGAGAACAGCGAAAAUGAAGAACCAAAAAAAAAAGGAAGGCGAUGCAUCCAAUGUACAAAGAACGUAAUAGGGAAGGAGUAUUUCAAAAUUUGAUCAUGAGGCAUUUAACAGACAAUAACAGCAAGUUCAAAGAGUAUUUAAGGGUAGAUAAAGAUCUGUUUGAAUUGCUACUUGAGAAUGUUAAAGAUGAUUUAGAGCCGUCGAGGAGGAGGAAUAAUUCAAUCUCAGCUUCUGAAAAAUUGGCGUUAACUCUGAGGUACUUGGCAACAGGUGAAUCGUACCGAUCAUUGGCAUUUGCUUACCGGAUUCACUAUUCUUGGAUUAGUAAAGCGAUCUCAAAAUGUUUAGAGAGCAUUGUAAAAAAAUUUCUACAUGUUGUCAUGCCAGAGCCAACAGAAGAACAGUUCAAAAAAAUUUCAGCUGAUUUUGAAAGACUCUGGAAUUAUCCGAUGUGCUGUGGAGCGAUCGAUGGAAAACAUAUACGUAUCGUCUGUCCUCCAAAAAGUGGUUCCCUUUAUUUUAAUUAUAAAGGUUUUUUUUCGGUAGUUUUGCUAGCAAUAGUGGAUGCACAAUACAGAUUUGUUGCGGUAGAUGUGGGAUCCUAUGGUCGGGAAGGGGAUGCCGGGAUAUUUAAGAAGAGUAAGAUGGGGGAGAAAAUUAUUAAAAAUCAAUUCAAUCUACCACAACCAGCCACGAUAGCUGGUACAGAAAUUAAAGUACCCCAUGUGAUUUUGGGUGAUGAGGCUUUCUCUUUACAAGAUAACCUUAUGAAAUCAUACCCGAGAGAACAAGCCCUGAAUGACAGAGAAAAGGCAAUUUAUAAUUGUCGACACAGUCGGGCACGACGCACUACUGAAAAUGCAUUUGGCAUAAUGACUUCAUAUUUUAGAAUAUUUCAUUCUCCGAUUCCUCUGAACGCAGAGAAAGUAGACAAUGUAAUUUUAGCUUGUUGUAUUCUACACAACAUGAUGAGGGAUGCAAAAAUUCCUGCACCACAACAAAGGCAUCUUGAGGACAUAAAUACACUGACACCAACAGAACACAUGGUGAGCCUUUCAAAACCAGGAAACAGCAGAUCAAAAGAUUCUGCAAUUGAAAUCCGAAACAAAUUUAAAGAUUAUUUUUGUGGUCCUGGAAGACUUGGUUACCCAAGAAAUUAGUUCAAUUCAUAGCCUCCUGGGGAAAUUUUUAACCGACUGACUCACCCACAGUUUACAAUUUCAGAAUAACCUACAACAUAGAUUGUAAUAAAACUUGGAAUUCAGUUUCCCCAUAGAUCCUAGUUGUUCAUUUAUGAAAUAUUUUAGAGAAAUUCCAAAUUACAGACUCAGCAACAGGUAAUUAAAAAAGUUUAUACUUAUUAUUACUCACUAGCAAGUAACCCGUGCUUUGCAAUGGGGAAAGUUUUGUGUUUUAAUAUGGAAUCAAUUCAAGUCCAGAAACUAAAAAAAAAUACAAUAAUUAUUUAUUAUCUCGUCAAAAUUACGUGGAUAAUGUUCAUCAGAAUUGUACAUUUUCAGCCAAAGAAAAUAGUAUGAUUGGUCUCGAACCCACUACCAUUCAUUCAUGAAUUAUUGAUCUUGGUCUUGAAUCGCGCGUGCUACCACUCACGCCACGAAUUGGCGUUGUUUGGUUGGGUUUUUAUCGUUGUGUAAACUUUGGAUCACAAAUUAAAUAAAUUUGUUACAAUUAUUUAAUUUAAAUUUAUUGAUUAAUGAAAAUGGAAAUAGGCAUAUGACUAUUCUUUGUAAUUAAGAAUCUAUAAGCUUUGAAAAUUUCAAGUUAAUCAGUUCAGUAGUUCAGACAUGAUGAUGCACCAUUCAAGUAUACAAUCUCGUAGAUGUAUCAGCCAAUACUUUUCUUUAUAAUAUAGAACUUCUCUCAAGAUUUAAAAAGUUGUAUUUUUGGAUAGAUACUUUCAAAAUUGAUAGAAAAAUGAAUUCAUCAUUAAUUUUGAGUGUGAAUACUUCAUGGUAAUCUUCUUUAAUUAAAUAGAAAUAUCACAAUAUCUUCAAAAUAUAAAUUCAAUCAAUUUUCGUAAAAUUAUUUGAUCUGAGUUAUUAAAAUAAACAAAAAAACUUUGAGAAAUGUCAGCUGUAGAAAGUUACAGAAAACCUGUUGCUAGGAAGGUUUUUCCUUUUUAACUGUUUGAAGUUUGGUCCCUUGGAACCAAUGUUGUAAGGAUUUAAUGAAUUUACCUUUUUUUGAAAGACUCAUCAUGAUCAAAGUAGUUUUAUAACUGUUGUGGUUCGAAUGUCAGUAAAUUAAUAACAGUUUUAAUUCAAUAUUAAUAUUUUUCAAUUUUUUUUCUAUCUGAUCAAAAAGUUAGGUAAGUAAUUAAUUUUCAAUUUUAUUAUCACUGUUCAGAUUUUAUUAUUAAAAGUAUAUUUAUACUUUUAAUAAUAAAAUCUGAACAGUGAUAUUAAAAUUAAAUUUAUUUUUAAAUAAUUAGAACCUAUCAGUGAAAUAUGGAUAACUUAUCUAAGAAUAUACAGAUAGAAGAAGUUUUGUGGGAAAAAGGAUUCAUAUUUUUCCAUUUCCUAAUGUUUUAUUUGUUCACAUUAUCCAAAAAAUAAUACUGAUAUAGCCUAUACUGUCUGUUGGAUAGAAUACAACAUGUUAAAAUUAUAUUGUCAAAGUAUUACGCGUCCCCUAGCUUUGCCUCUGUGACUUUGAAACGGCGUAAAUUGUAAUAUUUGAAAUUUGUUAUGAGUAUUAUGUAUAAUUUUAAAUUUGAGUUGAUAUUCUUUGAAGCCAUAUUAUGAGACAU